UCGGACAGCUCCUGCCUAGGGUGCCCUCGCUGCCGGCCAGCCCUGCCCAGUGUCACCAUGCCUCGGGGCCAGAAGAGCAAGGUCCGUGCCCGGGAGAAACGCCACCAGGGCCGCAGUGAGGCUCAGGGUGUCGGGGGUGCUCCUGCUGCUGCACCAGCAGCAGCAGAGGAGGAGCUCCCCCGCGCUUCCCCAGGCUCCCCGGAGGAGGCGGGUCCAUCUUCACCACGCCAGGGUGGCUCAGCCCCUGGAUUUCCUGGCCCAGGGUCCCCAGGCCUGCCAGGUGACCAGGGCGCAGAGAACCCAGCUGCAGCUGCGGCCCUGGCCCCGGCCGCCCCCCUGGCCGCUCCCCGGGCCGCUCCCCGGGUUGCCCUCCGGGCCAUUCGCAAAAACCCUCUGAUCCGCAAGGUCGGGAUGUUGGUGCAGUUCCUGCUGGGGAAGCACAGCUCCGGGGAGCCCAUCACACGAGCGGCGCUGCUGAAGAUCGUUGGCAGGAAGUAUGGCGAGCACUUUGCAGAGAUCUUCAGGCUCACCUCCCAGCGCAUGCAGCUGGUCUUCGGGCUGGAGGUCCGGGAGGUCGAUGCCCGCGGCCAGUCCUACACGCUGGUCAGCAAGCUGGCCCUACCCGGCGAGGGCACCCUGGGCGGCGGCAGCAAGGGGCUGCCCAAGACCGGCCUCCUGAUGGCGCUCCUGGGCAUGAUCUUCAUGAAGGGCAACCGCGCCAGCGAGGAGGAGGUCUGGGAGUUCCUCAACGUGCUGGGCGUGCAGGAGGGCAGGAGGCACCUGGUCUUCGGUGAGCCGCGCAAGUUCAUCACCGAAGACCUGGUGCGCCAGGGCUACCUGGAGUACCGCCGGGUGCCGGCCAGCGACCCUCUGCGCCACGAGUUCCUGUGGGGCCCGCGGGCCCGCGUGGAGACCAGCAAGAUGCAGGUGCUGCAGGUCAUGGCCAAGAUCAACGACACCUUGCCCAGCUGCUUCCCUGAGCUGUACGAGGAGGCUCUGCUAGAGGAGGAGGAGCGCGUGGUGGGCCGUAGCAGGCGCCGGUUCUAGUCAGGCAGUCGGGGC